AUCUUCGGCAAAUUUAUCUCGCUGGCUUCUAAAUUUCCGGCGUUCAAUUUUCAAUGAAUCACGAGCAUUUCUUUUGUCGUCCUGCCUUGAAUUCUACUUCAUGUGUUAUUAAAUCGUCGGGGUCCUAAAUUGAUGUAACUGGAUUGGACGCGAUCAACUCGGUGUUCCGUGUUAAUGGUCUUUCUAUGGUUGUCUGGAAUCUGCGAAGGCAUAUAGAUGACCUUUUCUGAUGCAAAACAUGUGUGAAUAUGCUUUUCUUACCGUGGAUUUUUGUUUUCCUCUGUGAAAACUCCAGACCAAAAAUAUGCAAAGGAGAAGAGAAAGUGGUGAGAAAAUGUCUGAAUCAAGGAAUUCCUUUAACGGCUUUGGAGAUAUUGGUGGCUUUGGAUCACAUAGAUCAAUGCUGUCGAACCUUUUUGGAGGAAGGGAUCCAUUUGAUGAUCCUUUUUUCACUCGUCCCUUUGAUAGCAUAUUUGGUCCAACUUCUUCUGCACCGAGAACUAUGCAGAACAUGAACGAAGAUAAGGGAGUCAUUAUAAGAGAAUUAGAUUCUGAUGAUGAGGGAGACCUUAAUGGAGAUGGGGAGAGAAAGUAUUCUAGAUCAACCAUGGAACCAUCUGUUGAGCAUCCAGAUGAUGAUGUUGAUGGUGAGAAGCUCAAGCAGGUGACUCACAGGAAUGACCAUAACAGGGUAGAACCCCCAAAGACUGGCAAUUUCUCGUAUCAAACUAGCAAAGUUACGUACGGAGGUGUAGAUGGAGCAUACUAUACAUCUACGAGAACCAGAAAAACAGGAGCUGAUGGGGUUGUUCUGGAGGAAAGCAAAGAAGCUGACAAGACAACAGGUCAGGCAACACAUAGGAUUUCCAGAGGAAUCCAUGAUAAGGGUCAUUCAUUCACAAGGAGGCUAAAUUCAGAUGGCAAGAUUGACAGUAUGCAGACUUUGCACAAUCUUAAUGAAGAUGAGCUUUCAGGCUUUGAGGAAAGAUGGAAAGGUAACAAUACUGGGCAUUUUCCUGGCUGGAAAGAUGGACAUGGUACGCAGUGGAAUGACAGUUCUGGCCAUGGGCCUACAGAAAACCGUAUGUGGAGAAAUUGGUCAUGCCCAUCGUUGGAGCAAGGAGGAAGCUCCAGAGGAUUCGUGUCCCGCAAUGAAACGAGCACCGGUGGUAGAACAAAGAGAGUCGUUAGAAUCAACAUAGAGUAAUACAGCAAUCUUGGUAGAAUCUGGUCCUUUGUAUUUUUGCUUCCUUAAUUUGCAGAAGCAUUAAGAGCUUGAUUCGUGUGCUUAUGAUUCUGUCGUCACAUCAGUGACACUGAUAGGUUAUGCCCAAUACCGAUGUGUACGUAUUAUACAGACAUUUUGUGCCAUUUGAAUACUCAAAAGAGCAGUUUGAGGAGUUUGAUUUGGUCUUAAUCC